AUGACUCAAGACGGACCAGAAUCAUACGUUUUCCAGAGACACGUCUCUGAGGUUGCACCAAUGUUGGUUGAUGCUGACGGCAUGUAUAUCACCUAUGAAGAUCCAAAGACAAAAGCUCGUAAGACUGUCAUUGAUGCUAUGACUGGUGCUGCAGUUGGAUCAUUGGGUCAUAAGGACAAGGACAUAACUACUUAUAUGGGUGAGGCAGCAAAGAACUCAUUUUACUCUUUUGGUAUCUACUUCUCGAACUAUGCUGCCGAAGAGCUUUCCAAGUUUAUCAUUGACAGAUCUCCAGAAGGCCAUUUUGCAUCUGCAUUGUGGGUUGGCUCUGGAUCUGAGGCCAAUGAGAAUGCCAUGAAGAUUGCUAAGCAAUAUCAUAACGAACGUGGAGACACCAAGAGAUUCCGUUUUAUCUCAAGAAAAAAUGCCUAUCAUGGGUUCACCGUCGGUGCUUUGUCUAUCGGUGAUGGAAUUAGAAAGGUAGACUUUAAGCAGAUGCUUCUUAGUGACGAACAAACUCCAAAGGUUUCUGCUUGCAACCCAUACAGGGGAACCAGCGCCACCGUUAGUGAAGAGGACUACACCAAAAAGCUUUUAAAAGAGUUGGAAGAUUGCUUUAUCAAGAAUGAUCCAUCUACUAUUUGUGGUGUUAUCUUUGAAACUGUUGGAGGCUCCACAUUUGGUACCGUCCCCCCACCAAAGGGAUACUUAGAUGGUGCUAGGGAGAUUUGCCACAAGUACGGAGCUUUAUUCAUGCUUGAUGAAGUCAUGUGCGGACUCGGAAGAUCUGGUUACUAUCACACUUACGAGAAAUUCAUGACCAGUGGUAACGGUCCUGAUAUUAUGACCAUCGGUAAGACUAUUGGUUCAGGAUUUGUUACAUUGGCAGGUGUCCUUAUUUCCCCAAUGGUGAAAAAGGCAAUUGUUGAAGGUUCUAACGAAGUCAGCGGUGCCCAGACUUAUCAUUGCCAUGAGUUCAAUUGUAAGAUUGGUUUGGCAGUCCAGAAGAAGCUUAAAAAGGAGCAUCUUAUUGAGAAAGGCUCCAAGGUUGGACAGGAUUUGAUGGAUGAGAUCAAGAAACAGUUGAAGGAUUCCAAGAUCGUGGGUGAUAUUAGAGGACUUCCUCUGUUCUUUUCUUUGGAGUUCUGUGAUCCAAAGACGAAGAAAUCUUUCCCAUCUGAGUGGAAGGUUGCCUACAAGGUUGGUGAUAAAGCUCUAGAAAAUGGUAUCACCACUAUGGCUAUGCAGGGAACAAAUGGCGCUUACAAAGACAAGGAUGGAAAGAUCGUUGCAAUGGGUGACCAUAUUUCCAUUGCACCUGCUUACAUUAUCACUGCAACCGAGGCAACAAAGAUUGCAAAUGCUUUGGUUAAGGCUGUUAAGGAUGUUGAAGCAGAACUUCCAUUAUGA